AUGGUUGAAGCUGACCAGGUCCACUGCCCUGGCUUUCAAGGAAUGGUUCUUCCAUGCUGGAUGGAGCUGCUGAAGGGACUGCCGUUGCACCGUACUUUCCUGGCUGUCAUCCUGAACCUGCUGGCUCUCACCCUCUCCACCACAGCCUUGCUGGGCAGCUACUGGUGCACCGGGACCCAGAAAGUACCCAAGCCUUUGUGUGGGAAGAGCAAAGCCUCCCAGUGCGUGGGUGUCCCCAUGCCAUCUGAUGCAGAUGCCAGCAAUGCUUCGUCUGAGGACACAGUGCACUACAGCUGGGAGACUGGAGAUGACCGCUUUGCCUUCAGAUACUUCCACACAGGGAUGUGGCUUUCCUGUGAAGAGAGCAUGGAAGGGCCAGAAGAGAAAUGCCGCAGCUUUAUUGAGCUUUCGCCACCAGCAGAGAGAGGAAUCCUGUGGCUGUCACUGGGAUCAGAGAUGCUAUACAUCAGCUUGCUGCUCAUCAGCUUCAUCCUCAUGAUGGUGGAAAUUCUGCAUACUGGCAAUCCUGUCUGUGGGAUGAAGCUCAAUGCCUUUGCUGCUGUCUCCUCAGUGCUGUCAGGUCUCCUUGGGAUGGUGGCACACAUGAUGUACACUCAAGUCUUCCAGGCAACAGUUAAUCUGGGACCAGAGGACUGGAGACCACACACAUGGGACUAUGGCUGGGCAUUCUACAUGGCCUGGGCCUCCUUUACCUGCUGCAUGGCCUCUGCUGUCACCACUCUCAAUACCUACACCAAGACGAUACUGGAGUUCAAAAGGAACCACAUCAAGGGAUACGAUGGGAGCCUCAAGGAUCACCCUCAGCACCACCAGUGCUUCAUACAGCAAAUAAGCAGCUACUAUGAGCCCAAAGGCAAGGUCUUCCAUUCAGUUUCUGAGGGAGUCGACUUCUACACUGAUCUGCAGCAGAAAAUACUACAGCGGGAACCAGAGCUGGACCUGGAUGAAGUCUUGGGCCAGACAAUCGGGGAGGAUCGCUGCUAGGGAUGAGUGUGCAGGGCCAGAACAGUGGGGUUUGGGAGGAACAAGAG